AUGAUUACUUAUGCUAAAAAAUCAAUAGAUGUCGAUUAUUAGAAAGAAAUUAAAAAAUAAAUUCAAAAAAGAAAAUAAAAAAAUCAAUACACAAAAGAGGAUAAGUUCUAUGAAUAAUUUAUGUAGUAAAAAGGAUUAUAAUAAAAAUUUGUAAACUUUAUUGAAGUAAGUAUACCUAAAUCAAUUGUAUUUGAUAACAUUUUUAGACUAAAAUCAAAUGUAUAAAUCCCUAGAAAUGCAGAUAAUCAAUAUAAACUUGGUGAACUGAAUAUUGAUUUUUACUGCUAUAAUUACAAGAUUAAUAGAAUUGAUAAAAAUGGUAGCCUUACAACUAUUACAUUUGAUCCAAUUUAGAAAAGCUUUACUCCUGUUGAAAAUGUUAUUUAGAUAUUAAGUAGAGGAAAUGAAUAAUUGAAAUAAUCUUUUGAGAAAUUGCAUAAUAAAAAAUUAGAUUCAUCACAAUUCGUUAUAUUGAAUGAAAAUGAAUUAUAUAAUUUCGAGAAUAAUAUUGAUAAACCAUGUACUGGUUAUAUAUCAAAAGUUCUAGAAGAUUAGGUAAUUACUCAGUCAAGAUUUAUGAAUGACCUAUAUUUAAAUUUUAUAGGAAUUAAUUCAGAUAUGGUUAUUCAUCAUGCAAGUGAGACUGGAUAUUUACCUAUUCCAUUAUAUUUUUCAGAAAAUAAUUAUAGUUUAUAACAUUUAAGCAAUUUCUUUACUUUAAAUACUUUUAACCAGUGUAUUAAUAAUAUGCAAGUAUGCAAUUAUAAUGGCUAAUAUUUCCCUGUUAAGAUUAUCUUUCACAACUAUUAUUAUUAUAAUGAAAUUGAUAAAUGUUAUUAUGAAUAUUUAUUUUUCAUUUAUGAUAUUGAUAAAAAAUGGAUGUCAAGGUAGAAAGUCCAUGAUAAUUAUUUAGAUUAUUUUAACAUAAAAAGUGAUCCAUUUUCACAAACUUAAAUAUAUUAUGAUUCUUAAUAAAGAUGUGGGUAUAGAAAUAUUUGA